GGGAACAGCCGCAGGCAGUGGCCUGGUCAGGAUUCAUGGGCGGUUUCCCAGCUGUUCGGACAGUGGAUCUCUGAGCCAAAGGACUACGCAGCAGACUUUUCUCAAAACAGUCACUUGCCUAUGAAGGUGCUAGUGAGUCCCCAAGCCACUCACAGCUCCACUGCUCCAGCGGAAUCCGAAGUGAGUUUGGCAAGUCUCUAGAGAGAGUGGAUGAGAUCUGAGAUCUGUAUUCGCACUGUAUCUGCCAGGACCAGACCUGUCGCCAGGGCCAUCGUGAUUCUCUUAGCCUUAAAGAAAAUGAGCGUCAAGAAGAAAGAUCUUAUCACUUUACAGGACCCUGAAGCCAAGUACCCGCUGCCCUUGAUUGAGAAAGAGCAAAUCAACCACAACACCAGAAGGUUCCGAUUUGGACUGCCCUCACCAGACCAUGUCCUAGGGCUUCCUGUAGGUAACUAUGUCCAUCUCUUGGCACAAAUUAACAAUGAAUUGGUGAUCAGGGCUUACACGCCUGUCUCCAGUGACGAUGAUCAAGGAUUUGUGGACUUAAUUAUAAAGAUCUACUUCAAAAAUGUGCACCCUAAGUAUCCUGAAGGAGGAAAGAUGACUCAGUACUUGGAGAAUAUGAAAAUUGGGGACACCAUUCUUUUUCGGGGGCCAACGGGGCGCCUGUUCUAUAAUGAGCCAGGGACCCUUUUAAUCAAAACAGACAAAACGAGUGAGCCUGAAAAAAAGCUGGUUCAUCACCUGGGGAUGAUUGCUGGAGGCACAGGCAUUACGCCCAUGCUACAGCUAAUUCGCCACAUCACCAAGGACACCAGCGAUGGGACCAGGAUGUCCCUCCUCUUUGCCAACCAGACAGAAGAGGAUAUCUUGCUGAGAAAGGAGCUAGAAGAAGUGGCCACAACGCAUCAGAACCAGUUCAGCCUGUGGUAUACCCUGGACAGGCCCCCCAGUGGUUGGGAGUACAGCUCAGGCUUCAUUACUGCAGACAUGAUCAAGGAGCACCUCCCUCCUCCUGGGGAGGCCACACUCAUCCUGGUAUGUGGCCCACCACCUCUGAUCCAGGAGGCAGCUCACCCCAGCCUGGAGCAGCUUGGCUACACCAAGGACAUGAUUUUUACCUACUAACACCUCCCACGAUACCUAGUGGGUCCCUGUGUCACAGAAACAGAAGUGGGCAAGAUGUGAAAAUCAGAGGCUUGCCAGAGAGGCUGUCUGUUCAUCUACCCACCCUUUACUCUGAGGCUCAUGCUGCUGAAAUGGAAAACUACAUAGGGUCUGUGUGACAGAUGUAACCUCUAGCCAGGGUAUGCGUGACACCCUGGCCGCUUCUAUGCUUCACAGAGGGAGAAGAGGCCAAAGGUAAUAGGGCCACAGGCAUCCUCUGACAGACGUUCAUCUCCUUGGUUGAAUCCUGAGUUACACGUACUUAAGCCAUGUAGUGGGUAUCACUCUACCUCCAGCUCCUAACAAAAUUAAAAAUGUUUCACACUUUCUAUAUAAAUA